GGGGGAGUGAGAGGAGCAUGAAUGGAGCAAAAUGGCGGAUCAUGUGCAGAGCCUAGCCCAGCUAGAGAUCCUGUGCAAGCAGCUAUAUGAGACCACAGACACCACCACGCGUCUGCAGGCGGAGAAAGCCCUGGUGGAGUUUACCAACAGUCCGGACUGCCUGAGUAAAUGCCAGCUGUUGUUGGAGAGAGGAAGUUCCUCGUACUCUCAGUUGUUGGCUGCGACUUGUCUCUCUAAGUUGGUAUCGCGUACAAGCAACCCACUUCCCCUGGAGCAACGCAUUGACAUUCGAAAUUAUGUUCUUAAUUAUCUGGCAACCCGGCCAAAGCUUGCUGCCUUUGUGACACAAGCCCUGAUCCAGCUCUAUGCCAGAAUCACCAAGCUUGGCUGGUUUGACUGCCAAAAGGAAGAUUACAUCUUCAGGAAUGUCAUUGUCGAUGUGACAAGAUUCCUGCAGGAUAGUGUUGAACAUUGCAUCAUAGGAGUCACAAUUCUUUCCCAGUUAACCAGUGAGAUUAACCAAGCAGAUUCAACACAUCCGCUUACAAAACACAGGAAGAUUGCCUCGUCAUUUCGAGAUUCCUCUUUAUUUGACAUCUUUACUCUUUCCUGCAACCUCCUCAAGCAGGCAUCUGGAAAGAACUUGAAUCUAAAUGAUGAGAGCCAGCAUGGGCUGCUCAUGCAGCUACUUAAACUGGCCCACAAUUGCCUCAACUUUGAUUUCAUCGGUACAUCCACCGAUGAGUCAUCAGACGAUCUGUGCACUGUCCAGAUCCCCACCAGCUGGAGAUCAGCCUUUUUGGAUUCCUCAACAUUGCAGCUGUUUUUUGAUUUGUAUCAUUCCAUCCCUCCCUCACUGUCUCCCUUGGUUUUGUCUUGUCUAGUCCAAAUAGCAUCCGUCAGGAGGUCUCUCUUCAACAAUGCAGAGAGAGCAAAGUUCCUCUCCCAUUUAGUUGAUGGUGUGAAGAGAAUAUUGGAGAACCCUCAAAGUUUGUCGGACCCAAACAACUACCAUGAGUUCUGCCGACUGCUGGCGCGACUCAAGAGUAACUAUCAGCUGGGAGAGCUUGUUAAAGUAGAGAACUACCCCGAGGUCAUAAGAUUGAUUGCUAACUUCACCGUAACUAGUCUGCAGCACUGGGAGUUUGCCCCCAACAGUGUGCACUAUCUGCUGAGUUUGUGGCAGCGACUGGCAGCCUCUGUCCCCUAUGUUAAGGCAACAGAGCCCCACAUGCUAGAGACCUACACGCCCGAGGUGACCAAGGCCUACAUCACCUCUCGCCUAGAGUCCGUGCACAUCAUUUUGAGGGAUGGUCUUGAAGACCCCUUGGAUGAUGCCGGCUUAGUGCAACAACAGUUAGAUCAGCUUUCCACUAUCGGGCGAUGCGAGUAUGAGAAGACUUGUGCCCUCCUGGUCCAGCUCUUUGAUCAGUCCGCCCAGUCCUACCAGGAGCUGCUGCAGUCCACCAACUCCAGCACGAUGGACAUUGCAGUGCAGGAGGGUCGUUUGACAUGGCUGGUGUACAUCAUUGGUGCAGUAAUUGGAGGAAGAGUGUCCUUUGCCAGCACAGAUGAGCAGGAUGCCAUGGAUGGAGAGCUUGUAUGUCGAGUCUUGCAGUUGAUGAAUCUCACCGAUUCGCGGCUGGCCCAAGCAGGAAAUGAGAAGCUCGAUUUAGCCAUGCUCAGUUUCUUUGAACAGUUUCGCAAAAUCUACAUCGGUGACCAGGUGCAAAAAUCAUCAAAGUUGUAUCGAAGACUAUCGGAGGUUCUUGGCCUAAAUGAUGAGACCAUGGUACUCAGUGUUUUCAUUGGAAAAAUAAUCACCAACCUGAAGUACUGGGGACAGUGUGAACCAAUCACAUCUAAGACACUACAGCUUCUCAACGACCUCUCUAUUGGAUACAGCAGUGUUAGAAAACUAGUAAAACUCAGCGCUGUUCAAUUCAUGCUAAACAACCAUACAAGUGAGCACUUUUCUUUCCUGGGUGUGAACAAUCAGGCCAACCUCAGUGACAUGAGGUGUCGCACCACUUUCUACACAGCCCUGGGAAGACUUCUUAUGGUUGAUUUGGGAGAGGAUGAGGACCAGUUUGAGCAGUUCAUGCUUCCUCUCACUGCAGCGUUUGAGGCCAUCGCUCAGAUGUUCAGCACCAACACCUUCAAUGAACAAGAAGCAAAAAGGACUUUAGUAGGACUGGUGAGAGAUUUGAGGGGAAUUGCCUUUGCUUUCAAUGCCAAGACCAGCUUUAUGAUGCUAUUUGACUGGAUUUACCCAUCUUAUAUUCCCAUCUUACAAAGGGCGAUAGAGCUCUGGUACCAUAUACCGGCCUGCACUACACCGGUCCUCAAACUCAUGGCUGAGCUCGUCCACAACAGGUCACAGAGAUUACAAUUUGAUGUGUCAUCACCAAAUGGCAUCCUGCUGUUUAGGGAGACGAGCAAGAUGAUAACAACAUAUGGGAAUCGGAUCCUGACGCUAGGUGAGGUGCCAAAAGAUCAGGUGUACGCUUUGAAACUGAAGGGAAUCUCCAUAUGUUUCUCCAUGCUUAAAGCCGUACUAAGUGGCAACUAUGUCAACUUUGGCGUCUUCCGACUGUAUGGUGAUGAUGCAUUGGACAACUCUCUGCAGACAUUUAUAAAGCUGCUUUUGUCCAUCCCUCACAGUGACCUUUUGGACUAUCCAAAGCUUAGUCAGUCUUACUACUCGCUUCUGGAGGUGCUAACCCAAGACCAUAUGAACUUCAUUGCCAGUCUGGAGCCUCAUGUGGUCAUGUACAUCCUGUCUUCAAUAUCAGAGGGCCUCACAGCACUUGACACAAUGGUUUGCACUGGUUGCUGCUCCAGCCUGGACCACAUAGUAACUUAUCUAUUUAAGCAGCUGUCACGCAGCACUAAGAAAAGAGCAGCACCCAUGGCCCAGGAGAGCGAUCGCUUCCUUCACAUAAUGCAGCAGCACCCUGAGAUGAUUCAACAGAUGCUGUCCACAGUGUUGAAUAUCAUUAUUUUUGAAGAUUGUAGGAAUCAGUGGUCAAUGUCACGGCCACUGCUUGGCUUAAUUCUACUCAAUGAGAAGUAUUUUGCAGACUUGAGGAACAGCAUUGUGAACAGCCAGCCACCAGAAAAGCAGCAAGCCAUGCACUUAUGCUUUGAAAAUCUCAUGGAAGGCAUAGAGCGCAACUUACUCACAAAAAACAGGGACAGGUUUACACAGAAUCUUUCAGUAUUUAGAAGAGAAGUCAAUGACUCCAUGAAGAAUUCCACGUAUGGGGUAAACAGCAACGAUAUGAUGAGCUGACAUUCCAUUGAGCAGCAGGCCCUGCCCAUGUGGCCCGGCCCCACCCUGUACUCCCACCCUCCCUUGGCCCGGAUGCUGGGGGACCACCACUGCGCAAGCCUGCACCUCCCGCUUCCCAGUCCCUAAAUAAUCCCCACCACGAACUCUCCCCUCACACCUUUCCUUUUCCUCUCCCUCCCAUCCCCUUUUUAUAUAUAUAUACAAAUAUAAAUAUAUACAUAUUUUAAAGCCAGUUUCUAGCGGUCAUUAUCUUGUCAUUUGAGGCUCAAAGUCCAAAGAGAGAGAAAGAGGGUAAUGAUCGGGAAUGGUAGGGAAUGGGUUUGGGACGGUACUAGUGUGGACUCAAGUGGGCAGAGCACGUCCGUCGCGCUCAGAGGGAUGAGGGGAUGUGGGCAUAGUUUGUGUGCGUGUGCGCGUGAGAGUGUCCGUGGGAGGAAGGGUUUUGGAUGAGCUGGUAUACAUAGUGCUCUGCUUUUGCCUGCCUUGUAUAGAAACACAUAGAAAAAAAAAAAAAAGUGUACAUUUUUUUUCAUAACAUUUUCAACAAUGUUUAUAAUGAUUACAAUUUAAGACAAAUAAUGAGUGUGAUUGAAAACUUUUUACAGUCUAGUAAUUUAGUGCAACUGUUCUGAAGUGUGGGUUUGUCUGUUUGGAAAGAAUCAUUUAUAUCUGGGUGACAUGUGGGAUUAUGGCAUGAGUGGUGGGAUUGAUGGGUGGGCGGGGCAGGGUGGAUCACAUGUUGUACAUUUUCUUUCAUUUGAAACUAUAGAUCAAAAAUGGGAGCACAGAGGACUUUGUAAAUACACUAUACCCUCAGAUGUUCUUGAGCAGUAAUGUCUACAAGAGGUUCAAAUGGAUUCCAGUGGCCUUGUUUAAAGGAAUGAUCUAGGUUCAAUAAAAGUAAAGUGCAAUUGACAGAAUUUGUGACAUUAUGUUGAUUAUCACAAGAAAAUAAUGUAUAUUUGCCCCCUCAUUAUUAAAAAAAAAAAAAAAGCUGUUUCAGUAAGGCACUUAGGCAAGAUGUAAACAUUGCUUACUAACCAUAUCUGUGUAAAGUUAUACCCAAUACCAGGAUUACAGGGUUUUGUUGUCAUGACAAAAAAGUUGUAUAUUGGAUAUAAGUUUACACAGAUAAGGUCUUAUCAUAAGUACAAAAACAUGUAUAAUAUUUGCCUCUUGUGGCUAUUCUUUUCAAACAGUGUAUUUUAGCGUUUCUCAACU